CUUGCUAUCAUCAUUGCAGACAUCGAGGGCGGUCUGAGGUAAUGCAGUUCAGCAUGCCUCAAUAUCUCCUUCGAAUAGCUCAGGAGAACCUCACAUUCCGCUUGCCCCAUCUCUAUUCCAUCGCCGAUGUCUUCAACUUCGAGCUGAAGAUUGUUUCGACAGACCUGUACCGGGGAGCCUUAGUGGUCGAACUGGAGGAUGAAAAGCAUCUGCAACAGCUUUUGGACAGAGGGCUCCAGAUCAUGUGGGCAGCAGAGCUCUUCGCCGAAGGGUCAAGCUAUGAUGAAUUGCAUACUGUCAUUCGGGGACAAAAACAGUCGAGCUCGAGAUAUGCUCCGUUCAUGAAUACAUCGUUUCGAUUUUCAGUAGAGGGAACAAAUCAUCGGAUAAGCAAUAAGCGAACGGUGGAAACGGUCCAGUCUUUCGCCUACCUCGACUUCCAAGGCGAUAUUAAGAUGAGAGAUGCAGAGAUCGAAUGGAUCGUUUUCGAGGACUAUGACCUGAAGGAAUUGAACACGCCAGAAGAGCGCUUAGCAUAUGACGGUCAUUUCCAACGGGUCUAUUUUGGACGACGGAUUGAUCACUCCCGUGCUCGCACUUUGAUGACAUCUCACGCGGUCAAGAGGCGUGUGUUUUUCGGGAAUACUUCGAUGGAAGCUGAAAUGGGAUUUCUUAUGGCCAGUCAAGCUCUUCCGGCGCCUGGAAAGAUCGUAUACGACCCAUUCGCAGGUACCGGCUCCUUGCUAUAUUCCUGUGCUCAUUGGGGCACCUAUGUCAUGGCGUCGGACAUUGAUGGACGUCAAAUGAGGGGCAAGGGCAAAGGCAAGGACAUGAUGCCUGGAAUGUUGCGAGCAGCUGCACAAUACGGCGUGGCGGACAAAUUUCUCGGCAUGAUGUGCUAUGAUGUGACGCUCAAUCCCAUCCGACGUGGCGGUUGGAUCGAUGCCAUCGUUACUGAUCCGCCAUACGGAGUCAGAGCGGGUGCCAAACGCUUAGGCAAGAAGGAUAAACGACCGCCAGCUCGAGACGAACCAUUUGUUUUUCCCGAUGGACGUGUGGCGCAUUUGCAACCCGGCUACCUUCCUCCUUCACGCCCUUACGUCCUGACUCAUCUCACUCUGGAUCUUAUCCGGUUAGCGAGAUACUUACUUGUUCCUGGUGGUCGCCUAGUCUUCUUCUUACCGACUACUUCUGAAGAGUAUCAAUCGAUCAAGAUACCGCAAGUGGAGGGCAUGUUGGAAGUCACCAAGGGAGGCGUGCCGAUACAGGACUUUGGAACUUGGGGCCGACGUAUGAUCACCAUGGAGAAAGUCGCGCAGGAUGAUGGUGAACCGCCGAAAUUCACAGACUAUUCAGAGGUUGAAACUCAACCCGGAGACAAGACCUUCCAGGAGCGUUAUUGGGAUAGUUUUGCCUCAAAAACGAACGGCUCACCAGCUGUGGAGCAGAUUGCUCAGCACCGAGAUGCAUGAUGCCUUGGAGC